AUGGCCACCGACGCCACGCCCAAGUUCAAAAACCCGGAUUUUCGCCCGAUUUCUCAGCCCCAAGACUACCGGCAGGACGCCACCGUUUCGGCCCACGACGGCCUCCACUUCUGGCAGUUCAUGAUCGCCGGCUCCAUCGCCGGCAUGGUCGAACACAUGGCCAUGUUCCCAGUGGACACCAUAAAAACCCAUAUGCAAGCUCUCGGGUCCUGCCCGAUUAAGUCGGUCGGAGUCCGGCAGGCCCUCGGAUCCAUUUUAAAGUCCGAGGGGCCCGCCGGGCUCUACCGUGGCAUUGGAGCCAUGGGGCUCGGAGCCGGCCCGGCACACGCCGUCUACUUCUCCGUCUAUGAGAUGAGCAAGAAAUUUUUUUCGGGCGGGAACCCGAACAACCCGGGUGCCCAUGCGAUUUCGGGCGUUUUUGCUACGGUGGCGAGCGACGCCGUUUUUACCCCAAUGGACAUGGUGAAGCAGAGGCUGCAGUUGGGGAACAAUCUUCACAGUCCGUACAAGGGAGUGUGGGAUUGUGUGCGGAAGGUGUUCAGGGAAGAUGGGGUGAGGGCGUUUUAUGCCUCGUACAGGACGACGGUGCUGAUGAAUGCCCCGUUUACGGCGGUGCAUUUUGCGACGUAUGAGGCGGUGAAGAGGGGCUUGAUGGAGAUUUCACCCGAGCAUGCGAACGACGAGCGUUUGAUUGUCCAUGCUACUGCUGGUGCUGCAGCUGGUGGCUUGGCCUCUAUGGUCACUACGCCGCUGGAUGUGGUCAAAACUCAAUUACAGUGUCAGGGUAUUUGCGGUUGUGACAGAUUUAAAAGUGGUUCAAUUAGAGACGUUUUUCGGACAAUAGUGAGAAAGGAUGGAUACAAAGGUCUUGUGAGGGGAUGGGCUCCAAGAAUGCUCUUCCAUGCCCCAGCUGCUGCUAUCUGCUGGUCCACAUAUGAAGCCUCAAAAACCUUCUUCCAAGAACUCAAUGGUAGUAGUAGUAAUAGUGGCACUAUAACCUGA